CCGGGGGAGUGAACGGGCUUCUCGUCUCCAUCCCUGGCUCCCACCCCCUACCCCGGCCUGGUCCGGUGCCAGCUGCUGCCCCGCUGCUUUCCGUCGUUGCUCGGUUCAAGAACACGGACGCACGGAGGGGUUGAAAAAGGGGAGUAGGCAUCCACCGGCAGCAGCAGCAGCAACGAGGGCAUAAAUCAAAUCAAUCAACCGGGUUUGGACUGGAGAUUGGAGGGGCCAAAGAGAGAGAGAGAGAGAGAGAGAGAGAGAGAGAGGAGGGGGGAGCUUCUCUCGGUCAGCUUCCAAAGCGCCUCCCUUUCCCCUCUGCAUUGAGGGGGGAGAGCAUUUGGUGCGGGGGGAGAUGGGGAGGAGGAGGAGGGGCGGCGGAAUGCCGGGCGCGGCCUCGCUGCCGCUGCUGCUCCUGGCCGCCUGCUGCUGCUGCGUCUGGCCCCGGACGCAAAUCUUGGUCGCCGCCACCACCGACGCCACUGACCUUACUGCCCUCAACACGCUCUUCACUAGCUUGAAUUCUCCGGGGCAGCUCAAAGGCUGGCAAGUGAAUGGCGGUGACCCUUGCGGCGAAUCAUGGCAGGGCAUCACUUGCUCAGGAUCGUCGGUUACAGCAAUCAAAUUACCAAGCUUGGGCCUGUCCGGGAAUUUGGGCUACAAUAUGAAUACCAUGAGUUCAUUGGUCGAGCUUGAUAUGAGCCAGAACAGCCUUGGUGGUGGACAAGCGAUACAAUAUAAUCUCCCCACAGCUAAGCUUGAGAGGCUCAAUCUUGCAGGAAACCAGUUUGGUGGAGAGUUGCCCUACUCGAUUUUCUCGAUGAAUAAUCUUAAGUAUUUAAAUAUUAACCAUAACCAGUUACAAGGAAAAAUGACCGACGUAUUUUCCAACCUUGGCAGCUUGACAACAGUGGAUCUCUCCUUUAAUUCUCUUACUGGUGACCUACCAGAAGGUUUAAGUUCACUGUCAAGUGUUAAAACUCUAUAUUUGCAGAACAAUCAGUUGACCGGUUCUAUCAAUGUCCUAGCCAAUCUUCCCCUUUCUGAUCUGAAUGUUGCAAAUAAUCGCUUCACUGGUUGGAUUCCUAGUCAACUUAAGAAGAUAAAUAGUCUACAGACUGAUGGUAAUUCUUGGACUACGGGACCAGCACCACCGCCACCGCCAUUUACAGCUCCACCUUCAAACCGUAGGAAGAGCCCAGCUAAAAAAGACGAUGGUUCAUCAACUUCUGAUGGGAAAUCUGGAAUAAGUGGCGGUGCUGUAGCGGGCAUUAUCAUAUCUUUGCUGGUCGUCGGAGCAAUUAUUGCAUUUUUUGUGAUAAAAAGGAAGCGCAAAUCUAAGAGGGAGGAGCACUUUGAACAGCACCAGCCAUUCACUUCAUUCCCUUCAAACGAAGUUAAAGAUACGAAGCCUUUCGAAGAGUCAACCGCAAUAGAUGUGGACUCUUUGGCUUCCCCUGCUUCAGUUGGUCUGAAGCCACCUGCCAAGAUUGAACGCAACAAGUCAUUCGAUGACGAUGAUGACUUCUUGAGCAAACCCGUCGCAAGGAAAAGCAAUACAAAACCUAUAAAGGCAAUUGUUUAUUCAGUUGCAGAUCUACAAAUAGCAACAGAUAGCUUCAGCAUGGACAACCUUGUUGGAGAGGGUACUUUUGGACGUGUCUACAGGUCACAGUUUAACGAUGGAAAGGUUUUGGCCGUGAAGAAACUGGAUUGUACCGUAAUACCAUUCCAAUCAUCUGAUGACUUUGUUGAACUGGUCUCAAACAUUUCGAUUUUGCACCAUCCGAAUCUCAAUGAGCUUGUGGGCUACUGCAUGGAACAUGGACAACACUUGCUUGUGUAUGAUUUCCACAGGAAUGGAUCACUUCAUGAUCUACUUCAUCUUUCAGAUGAAUACAGCAAGCCACUUAGCUGGAACACUCGCAUUAAGAUCGCACUAGGAUCUGCCCGUGCACUGGAGUAUCUUCAUGAAGUAUGUUCUCCAUCCGUCGUUCACAAGAAUUUCAAGUCAUCCAACAUUCUGCUCGACUCAGAAUACAAUCCACACCUUUCAGAUGCUGGACUCGCUAGCUUUAUUCCUGAUGCUGAGUUUCAGACAGCAGAACAGAGUGCCGGGUGCACUGCCCCAGAGGUGGACAUGACUGGCCAGUACACUAUGAAGAGCGAUGUCUACAGCUUUGGGGUUGUCAUGCUAGAGCUUUUGACUGGACGCAAACCAUUCGACAGCUCCAAGCCUUGGUCAGAGCAGUCACUUGUGCGGUGGGCGUCUCCCCAGCUCCACGACAUCGAUGCGUUGGACAGGAUGGUCGAUCCUGCGCUCAAGGGUCUGUACCCUGCCAAGUCUCUUUCACGAUUCGCCGACGUGCUUGCCUUGUGUGUCCAGGCUGAGCCGGAAUUCAGGCCACCGAUGUCGGAGGUGGUGCAGGCGCUGGUCCGUCUCGUGCAGAGGGCCAACAUGACGAAGAAAAUGCUCGAUGGCGACGCUUCCCGGCGAGGCGAUGACCAGGACCAGGAUUUCAUAUGAUGGAAGCACAACCACUCUAAUAUAUCCCCUGAUAUCGCAGCAUCUGAGAUUGUAUUCGUUUAUUUCUUCUAGCGCCUAGCCUGGCCGAGAGAAGAGUGGAAGAAGAGGAGAACAGAAAUAUUGUCCUGUUCCGUCAGUACAUAUCACACAGGUUUCGCUUGAUUUAUUAUACCCAAGUAUUAGUAGUGUUGUUUGGCUGUGUCAUGUCCACAAAUCAGCGCCCUGGUCUCAUAUUGGUGCCAUCAUGUUAGAUUUAACACUUACCUAUAUCUACAAAUGCUCCAAAUAAACAUGA